AUGGCAUUAUCUGCGGCUGAAAGACAGCGACGGUGUCGUGAAAAAAGAAAGCUUAACCCUGAACUUGUUGCAGAAGUAAAACGUAAAGAUUUAGAAAGAUAUCAUGCUCGCAAAAAGUUAGUUAAGGAUAUGACACCAAAAGAACAUAAAAAAAUAAAAAGACAAUGGCAGAUUAGAAAUAAAAAGAGAAGAGAAAGACAGAAAACUUUGCAGAACGUUUUGAUGAACACUCCGGCUUCUACACCGCCUCCUUCAAGUCCCAGACUACUUCCAUUAAGUCCCAGAUCUCUUUCACUGACCCCAACCUCGUCUGUUGCCAGUAGCAGGGGAAGAAAACAAGUGCGGCGAGAUAGAUCACGCCUUUAUAGACAAAAUAUUCAACUUCAAAACCAAACACAAGAAUUACUAAGAAAAGUACAGAAAUACAAGAAAAGACUUCAGCGACUGAAAAAGAAACGAAAUAAAGUGCUUACAACAACAACUCAUAGUGAAAAAGAAAAUGAACAUGGCAAAGAAGAAUACAGAAAAUAUACUAUUUUAUCAAAUACCAUUAAGAAACAUUACAAGAACACAAAAGACCACAAAACAAAACGCUAUUUUAAAAGUAUACUUGAAGACCCAGCAAUUCUACGUUCCGGACAAAAACUUCAACUGGCAAUGGAAACCAUUGGAAUCAGGAGAGUGACAAAGUAUAAUUCCAUCUUGCCAAAAAAUACUACAUUAAAACAAAAAAUUCAUGAUUUUUAUCUCAGGGAUGAUGUGUCACGGGCCACUGCUGGAAAAAAAGAGACAGUCACUUAUCAAAAAAGGAAGAUGCAGAAAAGAAUUUUGUUGGAUACUAAGAAAAAUCUCUAUAAGUCAUUUCUAAAAGAGGACCCCAACGUUAAAUGUCACUACAGUUAUUUUGCAAAAUUUAAGCCGUUUUAUGUCGUACCACCUUCAGUUGACAGCCGAGAAACCUGUAUGUGCAAGGUACACGCAAACAUUGCAUUCAUGAGAGUUAUUUUGCAUAAAUAUAAAGUUAUCAAGACAAAUGACAUUAACCAGAUAAUCUUAAAAACUGUUUGCGAUAUAAAUUCAUUACCAUGUAUGAAAGGGAAAUGCGAAAAUUGUAAAGCAAAAAAGCUCAAUUAUGAUACAACGACGAUCGCAAAAGAAACAGUUUUGGAAUUACCACAAUGGGUCAGAAUCACAGAUAUUGUCGAGAAAAAUGGAAGAAAAGUUAAAAUCAGCAAGAACAUAAAACAAAUACAAAAGAUCACUGUUGAAGAUUUGAUUAAAAAAUUUGAAGAUGAGUUAAAAGAUUUUAAAUCCCACAUAUUUAAUAUUAAAAAUCAAUAUAAAUCAUACCGACAAUGUAUUGAUGGAUUGACAGAAACCGAAAUUGCUUUACAUAUUGAUUUUAGCGAAAACUAUGCCUGUAAGUACCAUGAAGAAAUCCAGUCAGUGCAUUUUGGAGGAUCUCGAAACCAAGUAACUUUGCAUACAGCAGUAUUAUAUCACUUGACUUUUAAUAAGGAUAAAAAUAUAACUUCCUUUUGUACUGUGUCUUCUGAUCUUCAACAUGGCCCUGCCGCUAUAUGGGCUCACCUCCAUCCAAUUCUCGAUUACGUUCAAAAGGAACUGUCUCAUAUUAAGACGAUCCACAUUUUUUCAGACGGGCCAGCGACGCAAUAUAAACAAAAAAUAAAUUUUUAUCUCAUUGCCACGAGAUUUUUUGAAGAAUACGGAUUUGAUGACUUGACAUGGAAUUUUUUUGAAUCUGGCCACGGCAAGGGUGCGGCUGACGGCAUAGGGGGGUGUAUUAAACGUUUAGCUGAUCAUUUUGUCGCCAGCGGACACGAUAUUGUUGACGCAUCACAAUUCUUCGAUGCAGUCAACAAUCGCAGUAAGAUAAAGGUCUUUUUUGUCGGUAAAGAUGAUAUCGCACAGAUUUUGGUGACAAUCCCACAAGGAAUUCCUCCAUUAAAAGGAACUAUGCAAGUCCAUCAAUUGCUUGCUCAGCAGCCUGGAAUGUUGAGCUACCGAAUGUUAAGUUGUUUUUGCGGAAAAUUUUGUGAUUGUUACAAUUUAAAGACUUACUGCCCAUUGCCGAAACGUGAGGCAGAAGUUGACAUUUCAACCUCGGAUAGAGAAGAACCACUGACUGAUAUAACUAAUGUAAUUGGUUCUACUGAGGGAUUUUAUAAGACUGUGUAUACCUCUACUUCAGAAGACGAAGAUGACCAGCCUCUUCUUAAUUUGAGAACAUCUGUAGAUACAAAACCAGGUACAUCACUCGAUCUAUUAGGGGAUAAGAUCCAUCCAUCAUUAAUAAAAAAUGGAACACAUCUUUUAGUCAAAGUACUAAGUGAAAGAAAAAUUGAGUACACUUACUUAGGAGUAGCAAAAAGUGGAGUGGAUGAAGAUGGAGAUGUUCGAGUGAUGUUUUAUAAAUCUGUUGAUGAUACUGGAAAAUUGUUUAAAUUGGUAGAGACUGAUGUGUCAGAUGUGAUGUAUGAAAAUUUGUUACAAAUUAUUCCACCUCCUAAGAUAAUUAAAAGAGGAAAACGCGUGUUUUACGAAUACGAUCAACCAAUAGAAGUUUUUGAAAAGUAG